UCCUGUUUUCCUGUUUACAACACAACACUGUGACUGUGCAGCGAUUUGCAUUCUUCUGCAUCUGCAGAUUUUCAUUCUCAUUCUACUGUGCUCAUCGUAUCGUAGUCUGGAGUUGGAUUGGAGUGUUUAAACUGAAGUGUGUUUUGAAUUUUGAUAUGUUCAAGUUGAGUGUUCUGCUAUUAAUCGCUGGGAUUCGGCUUGGAUCUGUACUGUGAAGUGAUUUUAAACGUAAUUUAAAUAUUACCCUGUAUAAAUAAGUUACAUCGGAAGUGAAUUAUUUUUAUCCCGUUCUAAUCAACAUCGCAGAACCUAACCAUCAAGCCAAUCAGUUUUAGGUGAUAACAUAAGACCUUUGGAAGCCGGUUUUGCAUUGUCGUUCAGUGAUGGAUUCGGCAAGGAAAAAUGGAUUUUACAAAUGGCUAGUCACUAUUUUCCAUUUUAUCGCAGCCAUCCAGUUUUCAUACAGUGUUUAUUAUGAUUACACGUUUGUAGUUGUGCCCAAAGAAGUGUUUCCAAUCAUGUCUGCGUUUGGUGGGAAAUUCAAGUUUCUGACAUUUUGGGAUGCUGUGAUGCAGUCGCUUUACUUUAUAAUCUGUACAUUUAUUGACUUGUUCAUCAGUGAACCCAGCCAUUCCUCAUUAGUCAAAGUCAAAGACUUUAUUCAUUCUAGUCUUGCAUUUCCAGUAGCCAUGUUUGUCGGAGUCACAUUCUGGGGUCUGUAUGCAGUGGACAGAGAGUUGGUUCUUCCCAGCAAGUUGGACCCGUAUUUUCCAACGUGGCUGAACCACAUCAUGCAUACCAACAUCAUGUUCUUCACACUGCUUGAGCUGCUGCUCACUUACCGCAAAUACCCCUCUAGGUCGAAGGCGCUUACGGCUCUUAUUGUCUUCCAACUGACAUAUAUAUCAUGGAUGCACUACGUCCAUUACCAGAGUGGGUUCUGGGUUUACAACGUUUUCAACGUUCUAAACUUGCCGCAGAGAGCCGCGUUUAUCGUCGGUUGUGUUCUGCUGGCUUGCGGUUUCUACUUCCUCGGAGAGAAGAUUAACUCUGUAGUGUGGGAGAGGCCAAAACGCCGGAAAGGGGAAGAAGUUCCUAUGCCAUAAAUGUUUGUCACAUUUUCUACAGAGUGCCAAUGGGAAGCAGACCUCAAAACACCGGAAACAUAAAUGAAAUUAUUUAAGACCAUAGAGUUUCCAAAAUUUCACAUUUGCAAUGUUAUAGUGCUUUAGAAUCGUGAUAUUUAGAAGUGCUAUACUUGUGUUAAGUUGGCCUGUUCUUGAAUUUAUCUGUUGUGAAAACUGCAUUGUGUAAAUACUGCAAUUAGUACUUAACUGUUGUUAGUCACCGACAAUAUCACAUUUAAAACCUGGAAUUUUUUCUGUAAAAUUAUUGAAUAUAGAAUGAAUAUUUGUAACAGGUGAUAUUAUCAGUUUAUUCAAAAGUUAGUGCUAGAGACAAUUACAACUUUGUCCACAGUUUUUUUUAAAUAUUUAACAUGUUUAAUUUAUAGCAAUCCUUCAAAUAUUCAUAGAAGAACUACUUUUUUAAAAUAAAAUACAAAUAUUUAGUCACUCCCUUACGAUACACUUUAAUCUAUUUGAAUUCCCCCAGUAAGAAAUAACCUAUAGUAGUUUAAUUCAGUUUACAUUUAAGUUAUUAAAUGGUAGAACUAUUCUCUCACAAGACUUUUUUCAAAAUAUUAAGCUGGCAUAUUGCGAGACAAUUUUGUACAUGAGUCAAAAUGUAGAAGGCUAGGUUCAUUAGCCUUGCCUUAAUCUCUUGCCUCUCUUAAUAGUGAUUGCUUGAACCAGUCAGUAGCAUAGGUAACAUAUCACAUGUAAGCAAUAUUUUACCAUAUAAAUACUGUAAUACUCUAUGCAAUGUGAUCGUUUGUGUGUGUGUUUGUUGCUAUAUGUUAUGAUUGCUUGAAUAUUUCGGGAUCACAGUCAAAAUAUGUUAUUAAUUUUUUAUUUAUUCAUUUUGGCUGGAUUUUGGGCAUUGAUUAGUCAAAACUUUUGAAGUGUAAUAGUUUUUCCAAGAUUAUUUGUAUGUACCUUCUAAAGUCAUAGGAACUCUGUCUAAACAAAUUAUUGUUGGUUUUACAUACUUUUAUAUGUUUUACAUUAAUAAAACAUGUUAUUAUUA